AUGUCCUCCAUCCAAACCGUCCAGGUUGUCAGCAUUUCCACCGCCCUUUUGGCUUCCGGGGGUAUAGCCGCCUUGACCUUCUUUGAUAUCCCACUCGUCAAAUCACAACCUGCAUCACGCUCUUUACCCAUGAUACGAUGGUUAUUUAGUAGAGGCUCACAUGUGUUCCCAACGGCCGCCUUCCUUUCAUCAUCUGGUUUCGCCUAUCUUGCCUAUUCUGCCCUGCCUACCGGGAGCAAUAAUGUGUCGACAGUUUUGCAGCACUUGGUGAAAGGCAAACCUGGUCUCUAUCUACUAGCAGGAGCCUUAUCAAUUGGUAUAGCACCAAUCACCUCAACUAUGAUUCCAACCAAUUUCGCACUCAUCAAGAUCAACGAAGAGCUAGGUGGAUCACGAAGUGCUGCAUCUGCGAAGCACAGAGCUGCCAUCGGAGCCAAUACAAGAAGUGCAGAAGAAUCAGUCGAUAGUAAAGAUGAUAAUAACCAGUGGACAGAUCUCAGUGGGCCACAAGAAGAAACGGAGAAAGAGAGCGCGAAAGAGCAAGAUCAGGAAGUCGAAAGAUUGUUGGAAAAGUUCGGAAACCUGAAUCUUCUGCGAGCAGUCAGUAUAGGACUCGGAGGAGUUGUAGGUAUCAUUGCGUCUUUAGCGUAA